AUGGCCGCGGCAGGCGCGAGGGCGCAAAAGCCCGUCGGUUCCGCACCAUGGAUUGCAGCGGAGAAGGAAAACAUGGCCGACCUAGUGGAACAAGAGAUGGAAGAGGUGGAAUACCCCGUUCGACAUGAAAUGGCAUGGUUAAAUGAACAUAUGACCGAGAUCUUCUCAAAGGGACAAACGAACUUUGCGGAUGUAUUCAAGACACCUGGAAAAAUGAGAGGCAAGACACCUCGUACCGCCCGAAAACGUGCGCCCGAAGAGUCUCGAGUCCCCUUGAGUGAGAUAUUUUCAUCUGCCCAAAAACAACUGGAGAACCAUGCAAGCCCUAGUCCUUUCAUUCAUCGCGUUGUCUCAAAGACCGCUCCUGCGGCCGCGUCACCCGUGCCCCGCACCAAGGACGCGACAGAGCCAGCGUCGCAACCCCAAUAUCCCGAUCUCACCGCAAACCUGAACUCUUUUCCUAAAUACAACACAGACUCGGGCUAUCAUGGCAUGUCCGAUGCUGAUGAGAUGGUACUACCUGACGUGCAUCCAGAAUCACAGGCUUCCACUCAGCCUUCUACUCAACCUUUCGAGCAGGAUGAGCCCAUGGACAUGGUUGCUCAAGAGAUCGACGUGUCUACUGCCCAUCAAACGAACGAAGAGUCAUUCCACUCUGCGCAGGAGGAUGUCCGUUCCCGUGGACAAACCGUCGAGCCGACGAACAAUGAUCCAACCCCAACCAAAGAGCGAACAUCGCCUCCAGCCGCAACGCCCUCCCAGGAAACCAGUGUAGAGAUUAGCUCGACUCCACCCAAGAAGUCUAAGUCUAAGACAAAGGCCAAGGCUCCAGAAAAGCAACAGAAGAAAAAUGCACCAAAACCGAAGGAAUCUCCUCAGCCUAUCUCAAGGCCCGAACCGUCACCAGAAAAGUCACCAGUGGCACCAGAAACUCCAUUUGUCGACACUCAACAAUCUCAGCCAGAAGAUGAGAUUAUGGAUGAUGCUACCGAAGAUCCUACCAAGGACGACACUGUUCUCGACAAUCUUGACGACAUUGGGUCCCCUUCGGACGGCUCUACACCCGAGCGGCCAGCUGUUAGGAAGAGUAGCCUAAGUUUCGCUUCUCUCCCUGCGCGGGAACCGUUGAAGAGCUUGGGAGGCUCAAGACUCUCUCGGACAAGCCACAUCGACCUGACGAAGAUGAACACCGUUGGACGCCCCAGCCACUUUGGUAGGCAGACCGGUGGACAUAGGACGACCCAGGCUGCAGCAGGGGAGAACCCCGAUUUAGGGCCUAUGGAUAUUGAUCAUGAGAAGGAAUCCAGCGAAGAAGCUGACCCUGAGCAAGCCACCAGAAUGUACAGCAAAAAGUCCACUCAGACCCUACAUGAGAGGAUCAGCAUGCUGGGCAAGCUACAGCCAGUCUCUCGGCCUAGAAAGUCGCUUACAUCCAGUUCUGGAGCCCCGGUGGGUCAGAUUUCUUACCCAGAACUUCCUGCUUCAAAGUCUGAAGCUAAGUCGGAGGCUUCGAACCAAAAAUUGCGCGAAGCCCCCGCCCUGGAGCCUACCCCAGUUGACGAUGAAUGGAUUAAGCCUCUGAGCUCUCCUGUACGGCCCGAACUUUCAAAGAGCAAGACCACAGGUAUCAUGGAGAAGCUUUCUGAGCUCGAAAAAGAGCGAGUCACUAGCAAGAAGGACGUUCCCAAAAUGGAACCCGAACGUCCCAAGUCAUCUACCUCGAUAUUCUCAUCGCCGCGCCCUCACGGUCACCAACAGAGUGCUUCCUUCUCUCAUAUUUCUGCUGAUGCAACCACCACUCCAACAGGCUCCCCAAGACGCUUCGAUGGUCCUAUCAGUGCUUCGAAACUCAGAUUGCACUCCAUCAUGAAAUCUGCCAAGGGUUUGUUCUCAAGUACUGGAAAUACACCCAGAGUCGAACACUUGUCACCAGAACAACCACGGGCUCAUUCAAGUGCUGAGAUUUUCAACAAAAACGCCGAACCUGCAGCCCAGCCAAUGCAAGAUUCCAGCCCCCAACGUCAGGAAGGCCGUCGAACACGCAGCUCCACUGAGAAAGAAGAGAAACGCCGACAGCACGAGCAGGAAGAAGAAGAGCGCGUCGAGAAAGCCCGGGAACAGGAAAGGAAAAAGGCCAUUGAGCUCAAGGCUACCCUAAACAAAUCUUCAACUGAACCGGAAGAGAAGGCAGGAUCUACAAUACACAAGAAUACACAAUCACAACGGCAACAAUCGCGCGAGCCCGAAUCUUCUAGGGAGCCCGGUUCAAGAUUCGCCAUUCCUCAACCGAAACAAGCUGAUCGCCGUCCCCUCAAACCCACUCGUGAGACCCUACAGAAGCCCACGCCACAACCCAUGUCAAUUCGUGUGGGCAGUACCUUGUCCCGCCAGAUACCCAUUCCCUCAUCUUCUGGCGCUCGGGAGUCGACUAUCCCUGCAGUCGCCUCUGCAUCCAAGCCAACUCUCAAAAAGAAGGGUAGCAACACUUCCCUGCACACAUCAUCUUCUGCAAGCAGCUUCAAGAGCUCUAUUUCUAGUCAAACUCAGGCCCAGCGCAAGGCUCAGGUUGCUGGCAAGAAGGAGCAGGAGGAACGCCGAAAGGAAGAACAGAGGCGCGAGGUUGAACGCAAACGUGCCGCUCAGCAGGAAGAGGCUCGCCGACAAGAGGAGGCACGCCGUCAGGGGAUGAGAAGCCGUGCCGAGAGUCGUGCUGAGGCUGACCGUGAGCGUCGCGAACGCUCUGCUCAGGAAGACCCGAAGAGAGCCGCUCAAAUGGAGGCAAUCAGAAGACGUCAGCAGGAGAACGCACGAGGUCACGGAAGGCAAGGUAGCCAGCAGAUUGUCAACGAGGCUCCCAUUUUACAGCACGAGAAGACAUCUUCUCAAUCGUCUCAACGAAAUGACUUAGGUGCUACUCGUCCCCCAUCUCGCCUGGGUAGCUCUAUUCAGCCACAUGCUCGCAUUAACCCGCCCGCGCCCAAUCCUGCCAAGCCACCUAAGAGAGUGAUGAAUGACGAGGCCAGCUACCGGCCCGCGGUCUCCAAGCCCAGCAAUGUUCAAUCAACCGGUGAUGCCAAGCGGCGAAAGACAGAGGAUGAGCACAAUCCUAUGCAACCUGUGCGCGCGAUCCUGCCGGGGCAACCCAUGCCAGGACAACCCAUGCGUCAAUCAUAUAUCAGAAAGCCUUCUAUCUCUACAUUCGGUCACGGGCAGUCAUCCAUGGCGCACCAGGGUGGCUCUUCCAUAUUCAAGAAUGGUGCCCCCCAACGUCCUGCUCACCCAGGUGAGAUGGGCAAGUUUGCAACAGGAAAAAUUCCAUUUGCCGAACCAAACCCUGCGCCCCCUCCGGCCGCACACAAAGCUGUCCCCAGCUCCGCACAGCGGCCAAUCGCCAAGCCAUCUCCCAAGUACCCCACUGGUGAGAACAUCCACCUGCCGGAGAUCAACACCGAUAGCGAAGACGAUGACGAUUCGGACUCCGAGAUGUUCCCGGUUCCCAAGUGGGCUCAGCCUAAGGCACUGGAGGAUCUUCUCCGAGAGCAGGAUGGAAUGGAAGUGGACUCCAUCUUCGGCCCAAUCGCACCCUUCUCUAUGGAAGAAACCUUCAAAGCAGACAAGAAGCUAAAGAAAUUCCGCGAACGAACCAGCAGUGCCAACUGGUCUGGUCCGGAUGGGCUGACCCAAGAGGAAAUUCGCAAGGAUGUUGCCGAUCGACAGCGCUUGCGACUCAAUGGUGGCUGGAGCUUCAACUCGUGA